UCGUCACAACAGGAAGAGAUGCUAACUGGUCGUCUGCCUGGCAGGUAAAUAGUACACACCGGGGAUGCUAGCUGUGGUCAUUUCCGACACUACUAAAGGACAGAAACUCCGGGCUAACUGGAGCAAAGAUGAAAGCCCAUUCUUUACUGAGGAUAUUAAGUUUUAGACACCUGACUGCGAGCCUGUAGCCAUGGAUGGACAUGCUGCCAAAACCAAUGAAAGCACCUUCCCCAGCUUUGUGGAUCUGGAUAAUUUCCUUACCAAGCAUGAUUCCAACUUCAUCUGGCUUCUUGUUGCCACCAUUCUGUCCUGUGGAUGGAUUAUCUAUUUAACUUAUUACAACUCACGCAACAUUGGCCUCAUUCUCACCCUCAUCAUCAACAGACUCUACAAGGAUGGCUACAUUCACAUCGGCUCCUUCUCCUUCUCUGUUCUGUCAGGGAAGGUCAUGUUCAGAGAUGUCUACUACAUCAACCAAGACAUGUCUAUCAGGAUACAGGAUGGCUUUCUCAUAUUUCGUUGGUGGAAAAUGUAUAAUCCAAAACAGAAACAACAUGAUCCCAAGGCAGAGACGAGGCUUUACGUGACUGUCAACGGCUUUGAGUUCCAUGUCUAUAACCGGACUGACCUCUACGCACGACUGCAGGAGACCUUUGGACUGGAACCCACGCUUCAAAGGCCCAAAAAAGAUGAAGAGAGGGGGCGAGAGGACAGAAACAAGACACUGGAAAGUGUCAACAUUAAAGCUGAAAGUCAGGAUCCCUCAUCAUCUUGGCGGUCCCUCAUUCCCGUCAUCAAAGUUAACAUCAGCACUGGCCGCUUAGCAUUUGGGAACCACUACCUUCCACAGACUCUGUGCAUGAACUUUGAGGAUGCCUGCCUGACGUAUGCCACCAAACCUCCCUCCAGCCACUUGGACCAGUACAUGCACAUUGUCAAAGGCUCACUGGAGAAUGUGCGGGUCAUGCUGGUUCCCAGUCCUCGCUACCUGGGCAUGCAGAAUGACGAACCCCCCAGACUGAUGGGAGAGGGCUUUGUUGUGAUGCAGUCCAAUGAUGUUGACAUCUACUAUUACCAAGAUGAACCAGGUCUGGUUCCUGUCGAGCAGGAGAGUGGCGAGGAAGCAGAGACGAGCAGUGAGGAUGAUAAGCUGCAGGACCUGCCUCCUUGCUGGGGUCUGGACAUCGUCUGUGGGAAAGGAACUGACUUCAACUAUGGGCCCUGGGCAGACCGGCAGAGGGACUGUCUGUGGAAGUUCUUCCUGCCUGCAGACUACCAGGCCAUGAAGGCAACUGAGGUGGCACAGCCGGGAAAACCCAGGCAGAUCCAGGCCUUCGAGCUUCGCAUGAACAUCAUUGCUGACGCCACCAUCGAUCUGCUUUUCACCAAAAACAGGGAAACCAAUGCCAUUCAUGUGAAUGUAGGUGCAGGCUCUUACCUGGAAGUCAACAUCCCCAUGACUGUGGGAGAGAAUGGAUACUCUCCCACCAUCAAAGGUCAGCUGCUUCAUGUGGACACCACCAGCAGCAUGCAGUACAGGACCCUUCUGGAGGCUGAGAUGUUGGCUUUCCACGUGAUAGCCAGCUACCCCCGGGUAUGGAACAUGCCCCAGUCGUGGCAGUGUGAGAUUGAGGUGUACAAGGCCACGUACCAUUUCAUCUACGCCCAGAAAAGCUUCUUCACUGAUUUGAUCCAGGAUUGGGCGAGUGACAGCGCCCCCGAUAUCUACUCUUUUGUGCCGUAUUCCUGGAAGUUCAAGAUCCUUUUCCACCAGUUUGAGAUGAUCUGGGCAGCAAACCAACACAACUGGAUUGACUGUUCCACCAAACAACAGGAGAAUGUGUACCUAGCAGCCUGCGGCGAGACGCUCAAUAUAGACUUCACUUUGCCUUUCAAUGAGUUUGUUCCAACCACCUGCCAUACCCGCUUCAGCUUAAAGGCGGAAGAUACAGACAUGCGACUUUCCCUGCCAGAGUGCCAUCCGAGCCGCUGCCCCUUGCUCACCCUGGCCAAAGACUACCAGAACAUGAAGCUGCCCCCAGACAUGUUCAUGCCGGGGGAGAAUCAAGGAGCUCCUCCUCCGAAAGCCGCCAAGUCGAGGUGGAGGAACAUCACCCGCGCAGAAUCUGGUUGGGUAGAUUGCUGGAGUGUGCCCAACUUUUUGCUUAUCAUUGACUACACCUGGCACCCCAUUUAUCCCCAGAAGGCUGAUGAGCAACUCAAACAGUCAUUUUCUGAGAUGGAGGAAUCCAUGCUAUCGGCCUUGCGGCCCCCAGAACACACCUCAGUGGCUCACACAUCUGCUUCAGCGCCCCACAGUCGGGCAACCACUGACCCCUCAGAGCUGCCCCCUGACAGACUUCAUGUGGAAAUGGAAAUGUCACCAGAUUCUCAAAUAAUUCUCUAUGGGCCUUUGCUCCGAGCUCUGAUUUCCAUCAAGGAAAAUUAUUUUGGCGAGGAUGACAUGUACACAGACUUCGAGGAAGCCGUGUCGAGCCCUGUGUUGUCCACUUCUACUUCCUCGGGCCUUGGCUGGUCUCCACUGGGAAUGGAAGACAGCGAACAUAAAGAAACCUCAGACAUCCAUCCCCUUGACCUGCGGCCCUGGGACAUCACCGUGCUCAUUAACCUCUACAAAGUUCACGGCCGGCUGCCAGUGCACUGCAGCAGCGAGGGUCCCGAAGCUCCAUCCGGCUUCUUGGAGCGGCUGUGUUUUGAGAUGAAAAAGGGCUACAAGGAGACAAAGCUUCAGCUGCUCCUGUCCCCUGUUCACAUCUUUGUCAGUGACAACUACCAGCGUCCCACAGCUGAUGGGGUGUUGAGAGACGGCCACCUGAGUCUGUCUGGCCUACAGAUGAGGGCCCAUGCCAUGUUCUCCGCUCAGGGCCUUCCUCUGGGCAGUGACACACUGGAGUAUGCAUGGCUUAUUGAUAUGCAGGCUGGGGGGCUCACUGGCAGGGUCACUGUUCCACAGGUGGCCAGCAUGAUUGAGUGGGCUAAGACUUUCCUUUUCCACGUGUUCUCCCGGGAUUUCCAGCUAGAACAACCCAAGCCCUCUGUCAUCUGCCAGCACGGUGUUGAUCGUCGCAUCUGCGAUGCCAAGUUGAGCUGCCUCCCCGGUCACUGUCGCACAUCCGAGGAGCUGAAGUACACCAUGACCCGCCUGGCCAUGGAUGGAGUUGACCUCUUCAUUGUCGAGCAUGGCUGUGCUGCCAGUAUCAAGACGGGCAUUAUUCGUGUAGCCAACUGUAACCUGCACAACCAGGCAGUGGGCGAGGGCAUCAGCGCUGUGGUGCAGGAUGUAAACAUCCGGCAGUACAUUGAACAACAACACGCUGAAGUGACCAGGCUGCAGCCGGCUGGACAGGGUCAAGGUCCGGGUCAGCCGUUGGGUCUCGGUCAGCCACCUUUGCUGCGACGUUCUGUCUGGCUGGAGGCGGGUGCAGUCAACCUGAACCUCAUCACGGCAGAUAUUGCCCUGGCUGCUGACCACCCAGCCAAAUGUGAAGUGCAGAGGCAAUUUCUGGAACUGCACGAUGCUCAAACCAAAAGACUCUGGUUCCUGUGGCCAGAGGAUGCCAGCAUUCGGAACAAGCGAAACAGGAACCGCUGUGGCUGCCUCGGUGGCUGCAGGUUCUUUGGAGGUACCAACAUGGGGCUGGACUUCUUCAAGCUAGAAGAUCUGACGCCCUCCUCCUCAUCUGCAUUCUCUUCAUCCAGCACCGAGUCAGACAUGUGUUACGGCCAAUCUUUGCUACAGCCUGGGGAGUGUAUCAUUACAAAGGAAACGCCCAAAGUGGAUGGAGGGAAGGCGGUUGGACUGAAAACAGACACACACUCUCCUUGUCUGCCUCCUGAGCUGCCUGAGAGACAUGGUCAGCAACACCUGAGUCUCCAGGUGCCCCAACGAUCCCACAGCUCGGCCUCUUCCUCUGAAGAAAACAGCUCCUCCAGUGCUGCCUUACCCUUACUGGCAGGAGAGAGAGAUUCCCCCUCGCCAAGCACAGAGGAACGUGUGUUCCCCAUGAAUGGCAAAAGCCCUGCUGACACCCUAGGGGAAGUCCCAGAAGUAUCACCGGUCUCACCCAACAGCUCCCAGGACCGCUCCUCAGUGCGCUCACCCCUCUGCUCUCCUCUCAAGCGUCAGUCCUCUGUGCACUCUGGUCGGCUGGGCAGCACCAAGAGCCUGUCGGCGGCCGUUUUCACAGAUAAGCCGCCACCGGUGUUGUCUGGAGGCGUGCAGUUCAGCAGCGAGGUUUCCCGCAGCGAUGAGAACGUCUUGGAUUCCCCCCAUCAGCGUAGAAGCUACGGCUCCUUUCCCUUCACGCCAUCAGCGGACUCGAACACCUUCCAUCAGUACCGCUCUGCCGACUCCAGCAUGUCAGUGGCCGACAGCGAGGCCUACUUCUCCGCUGCUGAGGACUUUGAGCCAAUCAGCAGCGCUGACGAGGGACCGGGGACUUACCCAGGACGCAAAAAGAAGAGGAGGCAGCAGAUGCAGCAGCCUCAGCAGCCACCGUAUCACAUGGAGAACUACAGCCGAAGCUCCAUCUACCACAGUGUUGAGGGUCCCCUCACGUACGUUCUCAAUGGGGAGCUGAUCACUGAACCACGUCCUCUGCCGAUGCCUCCUACACUCCCUCCACUGCCGCCUCAGCCCCUGCCCAGCCACACAUCUCAGGCCUCCUUUGUCUCAGCCCUGGCAAUGGAGGAGGAAAGCUCAGUGGAGGCAGAAAAGAUGGCGGAACCGGGCCCGGUAACUCGACAGCCUCACGUCAUGGCGUGUUACCAGAACUACCUAGCCCACUACCAGGUCUCAAAUUGGUCUGUCAAACAACCCACCAAUAAAAGAACCUCCAAGUCUUCGCUGCAUCGCCCCCUUGAUCUGGACACGCCUACCAGCGAGGAGAGCUCUGGCUCUUUUGACCAGCUCUCCAUCCCAAGCUUUAAGGUAAUAAAGCACGGCCUCUCAGCCAGCUCGCUGUUAGACAGAGGUGUUCAGCUGAUGGGUGAGAACAACAGUACCCCGUAUACACCCCUGGAUAAGAGGGCCAUGGAGAACACAGAUGAGGACACAACCACAGAUGACUGGUCUCUGGAGCAGCCCCUAGCUCAGACCAGAACCACUGCCAUUGUGGAGGUGAAAGGAGCCAUCAACGUGGUGCUCACACCUCUUGUGGCUGAAUCCCUGGACAGGUACAUCGAGUCCAUGGCCCACUUUGCAAGCAUCCGACACCCAGCAGCUAUUCUGGAUGACCUGCACGGGAAAGUCCUCAAUGAAGCCUAUCAGAUCAGCAAAUCUACCGUCACUGAGUCUAGCCAAACAGGCAAGCAGGAGCAUAAGCUGUCCAAGACGGAGGGCACGACCCCUGGUUCCCUAAACAUCUCCCAUGGCCAGACAGACCUGUCCGUCAAACCAGAUAAUGUGAAAAUCAAGGGCCUCCAAGCCAACGUGUCCAUCCCCAAGGUGAACCUUUGCCUCCUGCAGGCCUCUGUAGAGGAAGGGUCACCAUCUUGCUCCAGUAAGAGUGUCACACAUGUGUCUCUAGUGGCACUAUGCUUUGACAGGAUUGCCACCCAGUUCAGGAUGAACAGGGGAAUUGUAGAAGAGACUCCCAACACCACAGAGCAUGGCCGACCCUCUGUCAUGUUUGAGAAGUACGCUUCAGCCACUAAGAUGCAGCCUCAGUCUUCGGGCUCUUUGCGCUCCAACGCUGGCAUCGAGAAAGGCAAAGAGAUUGCUGCAAGACUUAAUAUCCACCGAAUCCACAGCCAGCUCCGAGGCCUGGACUCCACAGCUGUAGAUAUUGGCACAUGUGCUAUCACAGCAAUUCCUUUUGAGAAGUCCAAAGUUCUCUUUGGCCUGGAGGAAAUGGAGGAGUUUUCACUGGUGGAUGAAACUGAUGCCCAGGCAACAGCAGGCGAUCUGGGCCGUUCUGCCGCAUCUCUGGAGAAAUGGGGCUGGAUCAUGUUUGAAUGUGGCAUUGAGAAUCUCACAGUCAAAGGGGGCCGUCAGUCAGGAGCUAUUCUUUACAAUGCGUUCGGUGUGAUGGGGCGCUCAGACGCAGGAGGGAAGACAGGAAUGUCAAAGUCCAACGGUUCAACCGGCUCUCAGACAGGAAGCGGUUAUAGUACUGAUAUGUCUGAUGACAACCUCCCACAUGAUGCUGUCAGUCCAGCCUCUGAUGUUAAUGAGCACUCAGACUCAGACGACCAGGACGAAGGGGUCGAAUCAGACGACCUGAAGAAAGACCUUCCUCUCAUGCCCCCACCGCCUGACUCCAGCAGCAUGAAACUGACCAUUAGAGAGAUCUGGUUCAGUUUUGCUGCUCCCACCAAUGUGCGGUCUGCCUCACAGGCCAUCUCCAGGCAGUUGAAUCUUCUCAGCACAGCCACACCUGCCAUUGGCGCCUGGUUGGUUCCCAUUGACCAGCUCAAAUCGUCACUUCGGAAACUGGACAUGGAGGGCACACUACGUGUUUGUGCAGUCAUGGGCUGCAUCAUGACCGAGGCUCUGGAGAAAAAGAGCAUCCACAUCCCGAUCAGGAGCAAGUACAACCGCGUGACCAAACGAGCCCGCUACCUCCACGAGAACCCCUCCUGCAUGCUUUGUAACAUCCUGCACCGCUACCUGCAACAAGCUGACUACUCCGUCAUAGAGGAAGCUACUAUGAAUGAUGGGGUUCCAGCCCUGGUCACUCUAAAGAAAGGUUUGGUAGCAUUGGCCAGGCAGUGGAUGAAAUUCAUCGUGGUAACUCAGGGUUUCAAGGCUAUUGGUCUGAUGAGGCCCAACCAGCUUACCAAACCCAAGGAGCCUCAGCAGAACCAGGGUGACACAAUUUUGGGACUGGACAAUGGAGCUGCUCUGCAGAGUGACACCAGCGCGGAUGGAGCUGAAUUUGAAUUCGAUGCAGCCACAGUGAGUGAACACACGAUGUUGCUGGAGGUAGCAUGCAGCCGCCCCCCACCGAAGGAAGCCAACUCUGGUCCUGUGAGCGGAGUGGAGAUCAUGAGGAAACUUUCCAAGUCGCAUACACACAACGAGUCUGUGCUCAGAAUAAAGGGUUCGCAUCCCUACCAGUCGCUGAGCUACACCAGCGGUGACACAGCAGCUGACUCACCCGCCCAUGUGAGCCGCGCAGGCCUGCCAGCCAAGGACAGCCCCAGGAAGGAGAGCCUUCUGAGCAACCUGACGGGCAGCUUUCGGAGUCUGCACAAUCUGCUGGAGGGCACGCCCCAGAGGAACGAGCCGUCUGCCGCCACCGCAACCAAGAGCAGCUCGCUCACUCGCACAGGGACAGACAUGCUGACUGAGCACCCGCUGCUGUCGGAGCCCUCCUCUGUCAGCUUUUACAACUGGAUGUCCAACGCUGUGAGCAACAAGACGGGGGCUGGAGUCCAGGAGUCUCCGGUCAACCGCUCCCAGCACAACAGUCUACAGACAGGUGGGACGUGUAACCUGCCCACCAUCCCUUCGGCCUCAGAUUUCAACACAGUGCUGUCCAGUGACCAGAACACCCUCGAUGGGACCCACUCCCAGCAUUCCCAGCACAGCACGAGCCAGGACGACAUGGCCGACAUUGAAGAGGGGAACCAGUGUCCAGCUGCUGUUCAGCUGGCUGAUGCUCAGGUUGUUUUUAAGCCUUUACUGAGCUACACAGGCAUCCAGGCCCAAGAUACCACUCCGCUUAGCUAUAAGAUGUAUUUUGGAGAGCACCUGUCUUUUUCCGGCAACCUCGAGUGCCUCAGAGCAGACAUUGCCGACUCUGAUACCACCAAGGAGCGCAAAAACAAGCGAUCCAGGAGGCAAGGUAUGGUGAACCUGCCUCCCCUUGAGUUCAAGCCAGCGUUGCUGAUUGAGACUUUCAGUGUGAAUGCCGUGGUGAUGGAGAAGUCAACCAGCGCUCCUCAGGGCCCCACCGCAGCCCCGCUCUCCUUCCACGACCUCAACCGCCGCCACUACAAUACAUUCCACUGUGACUUCACUACAGCCUGCCAGGCCAUCAGCCAGCGCGUCGACAUGGCCCUGGUGCGCCUCAUCCACCAGUUCAGCACCAUGAUCGAUGAUAUCAAGGCCACGCAGACCGACAUCAAGCUGAGCCGCUACACCGCCGGCUCGGCCUCCCCGACACCCACCUUCAAGGCCCGGCCGUAUCGCCACUUCAGGUCGUCGGACUUCAGCCGCAGCUCCCGUGGAAGCCUGAAUGGGGCGGGCCGCAGCGGAACCCAGACUCUGAAGAGCAAGAGAGGAGUGGGUGGAGGAUCAGGAGGGGGAGCCGCAAAUGCUGGUGGUUUACCUCCAAACGGACCUCCAUCGGGCAUGGACACGCUGGGAAGAAGGGAGCCGAGAGGACGCAGCUCCCUCGGACGCUCAGAAAGACGCACCUCCAAGGUGUCACGGAAAGGGUCCCGUGACGUGGCCGACCACAUGGCGAUCCAGAUGGAUGACUCGGACUCCAUCACAGUGUCAGAGCAGAGCGAGCCAUCAGCAGAAUGUUGGCAGAACAUGUACAAGCUGCUCAACUUCUACUCCCUCAUCUCCGAUCCCACUGGCAUCCUGGAGAAAAGCUCCCCGGAGAACUGCCUUUCAGAGACGGGACGUCACACCUCAGAGCCGUUCUGUAAAGUGAUAUUUGAGAAUGAGCAGCAGGACCCCAACACACCCAGCAAGCCUCCCGGUGCGGGUGGAAGGCGACGCAGCCUUGUGAGCUCCGAGCCUCAGCACGUCACGCUCAUCGUGUUCGGCAUCGGCAUGGUGAACCGCACACACCUGGAGGCGGACAUUGGCGGGCUGACCAUGGAAGCAGAACUGAAGAAGAUACAUGGAAGUUUCACCCUGAAGGAGAAGAUGAAAGAUAUUCUGCACCAGAAAAUGACAGAGACGUGCGCAUCGGCUCACAUAGGAGGGGUAAACAUCGUUCUGCUGGAGGGGAUAACUCCUGACAUUCAACUGGAGGAUUUCCCAACAUCUCCCACCAGCACUGCUAAACAAGAGUUUCUAACGGUGGUCAAAUGCAACAUCGCCAAGUCUCAGGCCUUGUACAGCGCCCAGCGGGGUCUGAAGACCAACAACGCUGCUGUCUUCAAAGUGGGGGCCAUCAUGAUCAACAUUCCCCAACACCCGGCUACGCUGCACAGUAUGAUGGUCCGCAGCUCCCAUCAGCUCUCCAAGCAAAUCUCCGACCUCAUCCGCCAGCCUUCUAAUGCCCAACCUCCUAAUAGGGAGGACACCCCCACCCCGCAACCCACUGACAAAGCAUCCAGCAUCAACCAGACCCCUGUCGAGGCCAACGAGUUCCCUCAGCUUCCCGAAGGCCUGGAGAAGAAGCCCAUUGUCCUCAAGUUCAGCGCCAUGAUGGAUGGCAUCACCAUUGGCGCAGCCCUGCUCCCAUCACUGAAAGCAGAGUACAAGAUGGGCCGCAUGAAGAGCCACGGCAUGACGGGAGCACAAACCAGUUUCACGUUUGAGUUGCCGAACCACAAACUUUGCUUCCAAUCAAAAGUGUCCCCGGUGGACAUGUCCCAGCACACUAUGUCGCCAUCAGCCAGCCUCACGCUGCCGCCGGUUACAAUGUCGGGAGAGUACAUCAUGGAGGAACACGAUAGUCACUCAGACCAGGGCUGGGCACCAGACGACUUCCCAGCAAAACAAGGAAACUACCUGCAGGGCAACUACCUGCGAUGUGUAGCUGAGAUUGGCUCUUUUGAGCACAACCUGACCACAGACCUGCUCAACCACCUGGUCUUUCUGCAGAAGGUUUUCAUGAAGGAAGUGAACGAGGUCAUUCAGAAAGUGUCAGGAGGAGAACAACCCAUCCCACUCUGGAAUGAGCACGACACCUCAACAGAUGCAGACAAACCCAAAAUCCUGCUUUAUUCUCUCAGCCUCAGGUUCAAGGGAAUCCAGAUGACAGCAACCACUCCCUCCAUGCGAGCCGUGCGCUUUGAGACGGGCCUGAUUGAGCUCGAGCUGUCCAACAGAAUCCAGUGCAAGGCUCAGGCUGGAGGCAGCAGCAGUUACCUGAAACUCUUUGGAAAAUGUCAAGUUGACCUCAACCUAGCCCUUGGACAGAUUGUCAAGCACCAGGUGUAUGAAGAAGCUGGCUCGGAUUUCCACCAAGUGGCAUACUUCCAAACUCGGAUUGGUCUGCGGAAUGCUCUGCAGGAGGAAAUCAGUGGAUCCACUGACAAAGAGGCUGUUCUCAUCACCCUCAACAGGCCAGUGGUUUUCGCUCAGCCCGUGGCAUUCGACAGAGCUGUGCUCUUCUGGCUAAACUACAAAGCUGCAUAUGACAACUGGAAUGAGCAGCGUAUGGCCCUCAACAAGGACAUUCACGUGGCCACAAAAGAAGUGGUGGAUAAGCUGCCAGGCAUUCAACAGACCUCCGCCCAGGCAUUCAGCACCCUCUUUCUGCAACUGACAGUCAAUGACCUGGGUAUUUGCCUGCCAAUUACCAACACAUCUCAGAGAGGACAAGAACCAGUUACGGAGGGCACAAACUCUGAAGCUGGGGCCAGCUCUUCAGCAGGCCAGCAAAGAAAUGCACGAAAAGCCAAUCACAGCAUAGAUUUUGACACGGGCUCUGCGCUGGUCCUGACCAUCGAGAGCACACUGAUCACCGCCUGCUCCUCCGAGUCCCUGGUGAGUAAAGGACACUUCAAAAAUUUCUGCAUCCGCUUUGCCGAGGGCUUCGAGAUCUCCUGGGACGACUGGAAGCCUGAAGUCCGGGGAGACAUCGUCAUGAAUGCUUGUGUAGUCCCUGACGGUACAUAUGAAGUGUGUUCCAGGACUACAGGGCAGCCCUCUGCAGAAAGCAGCAGCGCUGGUACCUGGACUCUCAAUGUGCUUUGGAAGAUGUGUGGAAUCGCCGUUCACAUGGACCCCAAUAUCGGCAAGCGCCUCAACGCUCUGGGCAACACGCUGACGUCCCUGACGGGCGAGGAGGACAUAGACGACAUCGCCGAUCUGAACUCUGUGAACAUGGCAGACCUUUCAGAUGAGGACGAAACCGACUCCAUGUCACCCACCACGCACAUGACUCCAGAGUUCAGCCCUCGGCUGACCUUAAGGAAGCGUCUGGUAAACCACAUCCUGGGCCUCAGCCCCAGGCCUCAGAGCAUAUCUGUCCCCAUCGACUACUUAAACUGUGCAUCUCCUUGCCUACCAGGCAGUGGCAGAACCCAAAGACCCCUCUCCUGGGCUUGUGAGGCGGUUGACCCCAGAAGGCCCAUGGUGUCAGGAAACCAGAUAAUUGAUGCUCGUGGGAGGAAGUUCACAAAAAGGGUCAUUGACAUCCGAGAACUGAAUGAGCAAGCCAAAGUCAUCGAUGACCUCAAGAAACUGGGGGCCAGCGAAGGAACCAUCAAUCAGGAGAUCCAGCGCUAUCAACAGCUGGAGUCUGUGGCCGUCAAAGACAUCAGGAGAGAUGUCAGAAAGAAGCUGCGUCGCUCCAGCAUGAGGGCGGCCUCUCUAAAGGAUAAGUGGGGUCUUGGCUACAAACCAAGCUACAACCGCUCCAAAAGCAUCUCAGCGGCAGCAGGCCGGCCACCUCUAAAAAGGAUGGACAGACAAAGUUCCAGAAUCGGAGAUGUGGAUGCAGAUUUCCCAGAUAUCCGUGUGGACGUGUCCUCUCCGGCACCACGGGUCACCUUCAACAUCCAGGACACGAUUAAUAAUCAGGCUUUGGAGUCUGCACCUGUCAGUCCAGGAGAUAUAUUCAAGUUCCCUGAGGAGUCAGAGGGGGACCUGUCGACAGUCUCCAUUGACGAUUCAUCCCAUCCUCAUCACCUCCAUCUCCAUCCCCUAUCUGUUGUCGAUGGUCAUCACUCAGUUUUCAGUGCCCCCGCCACCCCUGCUGUCUUCUCACCCACACUUCCCUUCCAGCAUGACGACAUAAGGCGCGAUGACCUGUCCUCUUCCUCCUCGGAAGACUCGGACAAGGACGACUUCGAGCAUGACAGACAGCAGAGCUAUCGAAGGCCUGUCCAAACGUCUCAGAGAAAGUCCUCGGGCUUUUCUGCUGUGAGUCAGUUGUUCAGUGAGCGCUGGCCAGGCACUCCUGCCAACCGCAGCUUCAGUGGCCCAACGACGGAAAGAAACAUCGAUUUUGAGCUGGAUGUCCGUGUGGAAAUCGACAGCGGGAAGUGCGUCCUUCACCCUACUACUCAACAGCCCGAGCACGAGGAUGUUUCUUUGAGGAGGAGCUGUGAGCGCAGCCUCCGAAACCUGGACCAAGAAUCUCCUCCCAAGAAGAAGAAGCUCCAGCCCAACUACCCCUCUUCCAGCCAUCUCCUAGCUGGAAAGAAGUGUCCCUCCACUCUGCCGACCAAAUCCAAUGACUUGGAGACUACAGUUUUCUACAUUCCAGGAGUGGACGUGAAGUUGCACUACAACUCAAAGACCCUGAAGACGGAGUCACCCAACGCCUCGCGUGGAUCCUCUCUCCCUCGCACUCUCUCCAAAGAGUCAAAGCUGUAUGGUAUGAAAGAUAGCGGCCCUCCAAAUCCUCCCAAUGCUGUCCAAAGCAAGACUAACUCGCUCCUACCUCCCCCGCCCCCACCUAUUCCAUCAGCUAAAGGUAAGAGCAGUGGAGGGGUAAAGACGGCCAAGCUGUAUGCCUGGGUGGCCCUCCAGACCCUGCCAGAGGAGAUGGUGAUCAGCCCCUGUCUGCUGGACUUUCUGGAAAAAGCACUUGAGACAAUUCCUAUCACUCCAGUGGACAGGAACUACACAGCUGUGGCAUCCCAGGAGGAAGACAUGGGUCAGUUUGAUACAGUGGAACAGCUCGAGGAAUCGACCACCUCCCUGGUUUCCUCUUCAACGUCGGCAUACUCCUCCUUCCCCGUGGAUGUGGUUGUCUACGUCAGAGUCCAGCCCUCUCAGAUCCGCUUCAGCUGCCUGCCAAUGUCCAGGGUGGAGUGUAUGCUCAAACUGCCCUCGUUAGACCUGGUCUUCUCCUCUAACCGUGGAGAACUGGAGACCCCGACAGGAGCUCAUGUGACAGACGGGUCACACCAGCCCUCCUCAACUCCACCCGGGCAGCAUAUCCCCAAACCACCUCCCAGCAAAGCAUCUCCGUUGUUGGGGAGCCCUCUGGGCAGAAGCCGUCACAGCAGCAGCCAGUCCGACCUCACCGGGCCCCCGAGUAACUCCUCGGGCCUCAGCUUUACAGCCUGCAUGUCUGACUUCUCCCUCUACGUCUUCCACCCCUACGGCGCCGGAAAGCAGAAGUCUGCAGUCACGGGGUUGCCUCCGGGCCAAGGGCCGUUAGGUACCGUGGAUGAGGAGUCGACUUCAGUGACAGGAAGGAAAGACUCUCUGAGCAUCAACCUGGAGUUUGUGAAGGUCAGCUUAUCGAGGAUGAGGCGAACAGGAGGCCCCACUUUCAUUGAGAGCUUUAUUCCUCCUAAAGGGGGUAAAAUGGACACCACCCUCAUCAACAUCUCAGCUGUGUGUGACAUCGGCUCGGCUUCCUUCAAGUACGACAUGAGAAGACUGAGCGAGAUCCUGGCCUUCCCGAGAGCCUGGUAUCGUCGAAGUAUCGCCAGACGCCUCUUCCUGGGGGACCAAACCAUCAACCUCCCACCUUCCGGCCCCGCCACUCCUGACUCAGCUGAAAACGUCACCCAUCACCUGUCCCCCGAGUCCAGCCGGAAAGCUUACUGGAGGACGUGGGAUGGCAGCACCGGGACGCAGCACGUGCCCCAGUCCCCCAAUGUCUUUUCGGAGCACUCCACCGGAAGCAACAUGUCCCCAGGCAGCCUGGGGCACCUCAAGUCCCCUGCACCUGGUCGCACCAGGAGCGUCUCUGACUCCUCCGCUCCAAGGAGAGAUUCAGUCACAAAAACAUCGACUCCUUCAUUUGGUAAAAAUGGGAAGGCAGCAGGUCAGCAGGGGUCGCCGUGGGAGACGCUGGUGGUGUUUGCCAUCAACCUAAAGCUGCUCACCGUCCAAAUGAACAUGAGCAACGUGAUGGGAAACAAUACCUGGACGACCAGCGGGCUGAAAAGUCAGGGCCGACUUUCUGUCGGAAGCAACCGAGACCGAGAGAUCAGCAUGUCUGUUGGCCUCGGCCGAUCCAAGCUCGACUCCAAGGGCGGGGUGGUGGGUGGCAAUAUAGACGUGAACACCCUGGAGAUGGUCUCCCACAUCUCAGAGCAUCCAAACCAGCAGCCCAGCCACAAGAUCCAGAUUACCAUGGGCUCCACAGAGGCGCGAGUGGACUACAUGGGCUCCAGCAUCCUAAUGGGAGUGUUUAGUAAUGCUGACCUGCAGCUGCAGGAUGAAUGGAAGGUCAACCUGUGUACAGUGGACACCAGCCUAUCAGAGAAAAGUGAGAUCUUCAUCCACGGAGACCUGCAGUGGGACAUUUUCCAGGUGAUCAUUUCACGGUCCACCACACCAGACCUCAUCAAGAUCGGCAUGAAGCUGCAGGAGUUUUUCACUCAGCAAUUCGACACCAGCAAGCGGGCCCUCUCCACCUGGGGCCCUGGCCCCUACCUGCCCCCCAAAACCCCCGUCGUCAACACUGACAAAGGAGCUGCAGAGCUUUACAUGGACGCGGCCCAUCACCGCCACUGGCCCGGGGUGCUGAAGGUAAUCGCCGGCUGCCACAUCUCCCUCUUCCAGACGCCCUUGCCUGAGGAUGCCGUGCAGCUUGGCGGGUCGAUGAGCCUCCAUGGCAAUCACAUGACUCUGGCCUGCUUCCACGGGCCAAACUUCCGCUCCAAGUCGUGGGCCUUGUUCCACCUGGAAGAGCCCAACAUCGCCUUCUGGACAGAGGCACAGAAAAUCUGGGAGGAUGGCUCAAAAGACGACUCUACCUACAUCGUGCAGACACUGGAUUUCCAUCUCGGCCACAACACGAUGGUCACGAAGCCGUGUGGUGCUCUCGAAAGCCCAAUGGCCACCAUAACCAAAAUCACACGACGGCGACAUGAAAACCCUCCACAUGGUGUUGCUACUGUCAAAGAAUGGUUUAGCUACGUCACUGCAAUGAGAAACGAAGAGCUGAACUUGCUCAGGAACGUCGAGGCCAACAACCAAGAGAGCGGAUCGGCUGCCAAGAGCUCCAGUCUGCUGAGCAGCUUCCGCAGCACAUCCAGCUACAACCACGAAACAGAGACCAUCUUUGCACUACCCAGAAUGCAGCUGGACUUUAAGUCAAUUCACGUACAAGAUCCGGAUGAACCUUCUCUAACGGACUCCAGCAGCAAACCCAAAGUGGAGUGCAGCGUGGUGACAGAGUUCACCGACCACAUCUGCGUCACCAUGGACGCCGAGCUCAUCAUGUUCCUGCACGACCUGGUGUCGGCUUAUCUAAAGGAGAAAGAGAAAGCUCUUUUUGCCCCGCGGAUGUUCGCACCUCGGCCCGGCCAGAAGAGCCCCACCGCCCUGCACGAUGAAAGCUCUGCGGAUAAAGACAAGGACGACAGCAUCAACUACACCACGGUGGACUGGAGGGAGUUCAUGUGCAACACCUGGCACCUGGAGCCGACUCUCAGGCUCAUCUCCUGGACGGGUCGGAAGAUCGACCCAGUUGGCGUGGACUACAUCUUACAGAAACUGGGCUUCCACCAUGCCAGGACUACAAUUCCCAAAUGGCUGCAGAGGGGUGUGAUGGACCCACUUGAUAAGGUGCUGUCAGUACUCAUCAAGAAGCUGGGCACCGCUCUGCAAGACGAAAAGGAAAAGAGAGGCCGAGACAAAGAAGAACACUGAGGAACUCAGUCAUGCCACUGGAAUCAGAGCUGUGCAAAAUGUUUCAACACUAGUUGUCUGUAUUUAAAAGGCCACUACUUUACGAUGUCCAGCAUCCUGCAUAGUUGUUUACUGUGGUGCUUGCCUCUAGGGGUUGCGACUGAAGCGUUUUGCACUGCUGUUUUUCGUUUUCUGUACAUUUUGAACAAAUUAGCAAAUGCUAGCAUUAUUUGAUUGCUUUAUGGGUAAAACCCUGCCUCUCUUACCUGUUGUAAAUGACCUUACUGAAACCGCUUCAAAGUUUAUUUUAAGGCUUACCAGUCGUUCAUGAGAAAUGAUUUCUUAAACCAUUGCCUUUUUCUCUGUUUCCCAUGGAACACAUGGUGGGUAUGCUUGAUGUCAUUUAUAGCGCAGCUUCGCGAUAUUUAAGAGGAAUUCAGUGACGUGUUCUUCAUUCUUGACACGAACAAAUAAAUCCUGGGAGAUUUUUCUUAAAAUCAUCCCCUCACUCGUGAGGAUGAUAUAAGCUUGUAAUUAUAAUUUGAUCAUUAUUUAUGACUAUGUGAAAUUCAGCGUCUGUAUGAUGUAUUAGCUUGAUGUGUCAAGCUUCUUUGUCUUUUUUUUAAUCCACACAUUAGAACCAAUGUAUAUAGUUAAAUUUCUUAAAUGUGUUGAUUUCGUAACUUAAUAAAACUAUUGCCAUGAAGUUUUAAAAAA